UUUUUUUUUUUAUUCCCCAAAAAACUGUCAAAUUAUGCUUAGAAAUAUUCACAGCUUGCAAAGAGUAACUCUGGGCCGAUAUACGACUGCAGGAAGUUGCGGUGUAUUUAGUGUGUGUAAAAAGACUUGGUAUUCCACCAAACCAGCUUUUGAACUGGGAGAGAAAGAUACGACAAUUAAUGGAAAUAAGUUUGACAAGGAUGAAUGGACGAAUGUAACACCAGCCAUUCUUUCCAAAGUGAAUCGUCAACUGCAUUUACAACCCAAGAAUCCCAUUUCCAUCAUUCGACAAUUGAUUGAAUCCAACUUUACCGACUUUAAAACGUUCAACGAGUUUAGUCCUGUGGUCAGUACACGCCAAAAUUUCGACGACUUGCAUAUUCCUGUCGACCAUCCCAGUCGUACGAAAUCCGACAAUUAUUAUUUUAACAAGGAGACAGUCCUUCGUGCGCAUACUUCAGCUCAUCAAUUGCAAGGCUUAGCAUCUGGUGAGAAUAAAUUUUUGAUUAGUGGUGAUGUUUAUCGUCGUGAUGAGAUUGAUGCGUCUCAUUAUCCUGUUUUUCAUCAAAUUGAGGGUUUCUUUUACCUCGAUAACGAUUUGAGCAAGCUGUCAACCGAAUUAAAACGUAUUCAGGAUAUUGAGACACCCAAUAUUGAACUUGUGGAUGAUACAGUGAUUAAGCCGGAGAAUCCAGUGCAAGCAUGCCAUUCUGCCGAAGCCUCUGAUUUGAUUGCUGCCCAUUUAAAGCAUAGUAUUAAUACCAUGAUUCGCAAUUUGUUUGCAGACGAGAAAGAUUUAAAGGUGCGUUGGAUUGAUGCUUAUUUCCCCUUCACCAGCCCCAGUUGGGAAGUCGAGAUCCUUUACAAGGGAGAAUGGUUAGAAGUCUUGGGAUGUGGUGUAGUGAAUCAAAAGAUUAUGAACGGAGCUGGAUUAGAUAAUAAGAUUGGAUGGGCCUUUGGUAUGGGAUUAGAAAGAUUAGCCAUGGUCUUGUUUGGUAUUCCUGAUAUCCGUUUAUUCUGGUCUCAAGACCAACGUUUCAUUGACCAAUUCACACCUGGCAAGAUUAACAAGUUUGUGCCCUUUUCAAAGUUUCCUCCUUGUAUUAAGGAUAUUUCUUUCUGGCUUCCUGAAGGUGAAUGGCAUGAAAAUGAUUUCUGUGAAUUGAUUCGUGGUGAAGCAGGUGAUCUUGUGGAGAAUGUGCAAUUGAUUGAUGAUUUCAAGCAUCCUAAAACCAAUAAGCGUAGUUUGUGCUACCGUAUUAAUUAUAGAUCCAUGGACAGAAAUGUGACUAAUGAAGAGAUUAAUGAGAUCCAAGAAAAAGUGCGUCAAGUUGUACAAGAUCAAUUCAAAGUUGAGUUGCGAUAGGCAUGCAUAAUGAAAUAAUAAUAAUAAUAAUAAACGCGUGUAAAUGGUCAGUUGAUACGUGACAGGUGACGGGGUUUGGACCUCAUCAUCAUUGUGGCUCUCUUAUCAUUACUGCGUCU